CCUGUUCUCUCCCUCCCCUCGCUUUCGCUUUGGUUGAAGUUUUUCUGUUUCUCUGCUUAGCGAACGGACAUUGCAUAUAGAACCAACCAGCCAUGUCUAUUGUAAAUGAGUCCAUCUGGGCCGCCAGCCCCUCCACCACCAGGGGACAGCCUACCCAACUCUCCUCAGACGCCAAAGGUGAACGGCUCGCAUACGCGGCAAAUAAAUCGAUCUUUCUCCGCUCAAUCGACAACCCUGCCAUCGCCCGGCAGUAUACCGAGCAUAAGACGCAGACCACAGUGGCCCGCUUCUCACCUUCGGGCUUUUAUGUUGCUAGUGGUGAUGCUAGCGGUAUAGUAAGAGUCUGGGACUGUGUGGGCGAAGGUCUCACCAAGGGCGAAUACAGCAUCGUGAAUGGCCGGAUCAAUGAUCUUGCAUGGGACGGUGAUUCUCAGCGCAUCAUUGCCGUUGGUGAUGGAAAACAACGAUACGGGCACUGCAUCACCUGGGACAGCGGUAACACGGUCGGGGAGAUUUAUGGCCACACACAACAAAUCAAUUCCGUUUCCAUCAGGCAGCAGAGACCUCUGCGGGCCGCGGCCGCCGGCGACGACAAGAACCUAGUCUUCUACCACGGCGCGCCGUUCAAGUUCAACACCGGCAUUCGUGAUAAGCACACCAACUAUAUCUACGGCGUCGGCUUCAGCCCAGAUGGCUCCACUUUGGUCAGUGUUGGCGCGGAUCGCAAAAUCUGGUUGUAUGAUGGCAAGACGGGAGAAACCAGAGGCCAGAUCGGCGAAGGUGAGCACAACGGCAGUAUCUUCGGCGUUUCCUGGUCCAAAGACUCGCGGAAAUUCGCUACGGCUAGUGCAGACAGAACCGUUAAGAUAUGGGACGUGGAAGUGGGCAAGGUCACCCAGAGUUGGGAUUUGGGAGAUGAAGGGGCUGCGAAUAUUAGAGACCAGCAGGUCGGAGUGGUCUGGCCUCUGGGCAGAAGCGACGGCCUGGUGAUCAGUCUUUCGUUGAGCGGCGACCUUAACUACCUAGUCGAAGGCACCCCCAAGCCCAGACAGGUCAUCCAGGGACACCAGAAGAGUAUCACUUCUUUGACCCAGUCUCGCUCUGGCAGUGUUACUGAAACUUUGUGGUCCGGGAGCUUUGAUGGCCGGGUCUGCAGCUGGGAUGUUCCAACGGGGGCUGCGGAGGAAGUGGAAGGCGACGGCCACACUACAUAUAUUGUAGGGCUCACGCCCACCCAAGAAGGGAACGGUAGAAUCUACAGUGUCGCCUGGGAUGACACUAUCCGAUCCGUGGACAUUGGCGCGAAGACGUAUACCGGAAUCUCCUCCAAACUGCCGGGACAGCCGAAGGGUGUCGAAGUCGCGAAUGACUUGGUGUUGGUGGGAACGUCGGAGAGCGUUGAGAUCUACAGAGACGGACAAAAGACUGGCGACUUCAAGCCCAAAUUCCCGGUCACCGCGGUUGCAGCCCAUGCCAACCUUGCAGCUGUUGGGGGGGAAGAUUCGUCUGUUCAGAUCUUGGACAUUUCGGGGUCGAGCCUCUCCCCGAAGGCGGACAUCAAGGCUACGCGGAAUGCGGUGUCUGCCUUGACUUUCUCCUCCGAUGGUUUUUACCUGGCGGUAGGCGACUCCCGGGGUCGUGUGUUGGUGUACAAGGUCGCCGAUGGCAGCCUAGUCACCGACCGAUGGACCGCCCACACCUCCCGCAUUACCUCACUUGCCUGGAACGAAGACAACGCCCACCUGACCAGCGGGUCACUGGAUACCAAUAUCUUCGUAUGGAGCUUGAUUAACCCAGGGGACUGGCUGCAGGUAUCGAAUGCACACAAAGAAGGCGUGAACAGCGUGGCCUGGAUAGCCGGCGGAUCCAAGAUUGCCUCAGCUGGUGCUGAUGCGGCAGUCAAAUUACGGUACGCAACUUUCGUCCUCCCGAGAACGGGCCAGCGACUUAAAGGUCUCGUGAAUCUACGAAUCCCAUAUCCCGACCCACGUGAGAAUAGUGAUGACGACGAGCGACGCGCCCUGCUCACUGGGGAAGUCGAGAGGGCCCCCAACUCCCUUCCAUCAUGGCUCUGGUUUCGAGCCAAAAAUACAUGGCCUUGGAUGCACCAGUCUCUCUCGUCGGAGCUAGGAAUAGGCGUCUUGAAGUGCAGUUUAGCUUACCUACUCGGCUCCCUCGCAACCUUUGUCCCUGCCAUUGCGUCGUUUCUGGGCCACCAAGAUGGCAAGCAUAUGGUUGCUACUGUCACGGUCUACUUUCAUCCAGCGAGAUCGCAGGGCAGCAUGUACAAAGCUUUGAUUUGUGCUCUCCUCGCUUUCCUCUAUGCGGCCUUCAUCUCCGUCACGAGCAUGUGUGUCUCGAUGUUCUUCCAGGAUACCUUAGAUAUGCUCCCUGUGGGGCAUGCCCUUGUGCUCAUUGUGUUCUGUGGUGGUGGGCUAGGGUUCAUUGGAUGGACGAAGCAGAGACUCGGCGACCCGCUUGUUAAUGUUGCAUGCUCCUUGGCUUCACUGGCGACGAUCACGGUCUUGACGAAGGAGGGCGCAGUGCAAAGUGGGGAUCUGUCGUUCGCGAAAAUCUCCCAGGUCUUGAAAAUGGUCGUUAUGGGUGUCACCAUUACCAUGGCCGUGUCUUUCCUGAUUUUCCCUAUCUCUGCGCGCAAGCAGCUUCGAACGAACCUGACCACUGUCACCGAAAGCUUGGCGACCAUGUUGGCUCUGAUCACCGAAAGCUUUCUCAGUGGCUCCGAAGAGGAACUCCAGACCACCGAGUUCAUCAAUACGGCUGCGCGCCAUAAGAAAGCAUACGGGCAGCUGGAUAAACUUGUGAGAGAAGCCAAGCUCGAGCAUUUUGUGGCAGGCACGGAAAAAGAAUAUAGGCUGGAGAAGAAGCUGGCUCGCUGGGUGCAAGACAUUACUCAUAAUAUGGGAGGGUUGCGCAGUGCUGCUCACUUGCAAUUUCAGCUACUUAAACAGACAAAGCUUGCCCAAUUACAAAGCCAUGGCUCGGAACCUGCCGCUGUGCCGUUGCCGAGCCCUUGGUCACUACAUGAAGACGUCCCGUUCUUGGGACGGAUAGAUGAGCAACCAGACCAAGAGGAAAGGCUCGAAACUACCAACAUUGGCCUGGCAGAUGGCACCGAAAUGACGGCUGAGCAUUCUCUUCACCCGGCAGAUAUCUUUGCACUCUUUAUCAGUCAUCUAGGUCCGUCUAUGCGCUCGCUUGCUUUCACACUGAAAGAAAUAUUCAGAGAUAUCCCUUUCAAGCCUGCGCCUGAUCUCAGGGUCUCCGUCAACAGUAGAUAUCGCACCAGUCUUGAUCGGGCGCUUGAGCUAUAUCGGAAUUCCCGCGAAGAAGCGCUCAAUACUAUAUAUCGACAACGUGAGGUUAUAGGGGUGCAAACAUUGGAAGUUGAAGCUGAUCUUGAGGAGGUGUCUGCUAGCUGUGGACACUUCAGUUUCUCCUUGCUCGAAUUUGGUGAGCAGCUGAAAGAGCUUUUGAUGAUAUUGGAUGAACUACAACUUGAAAGCGAGGAAAAACCGACUGGAAGGUCCUGGAGCUGGCUUAAGUUUUGGCGCUGGGGAGGUGUUGAAACAGGGAAGGGGAUUGCCCCAAACACGGAGCAGAUGUUACCUGAGCCCAGUGGCACAGUAUCCCAGCGGGAUAUGCCCAACCCGCCGGAGUCACAUAACAGCCCUUCUCUGACCAAGAUCGGAGGAGACACCCCUGAACAGCGGCUGGGCUAUCGUAUUUGGAGGUCACUCGGGGUUUUCCGCCGCGACGAUACCAAGUUCGCGGUCAAAGUUGGGGCCGGCGCUGCGAUAUACGCCCUGCCCUCAUUUCUCCAAUCAACAAGACCCUUUUAUUCCCAUUGGCGAGGUGAAUGGGGGCUUUUAUCCUACAUGUUGGUCUGUUCCAUGACUAUUGGGGCCUCAAACACUACCGGUUAUGCUCGGUUCCUCGGUACCUGUUUGGGGGCCAUCUGUGCCAUCCUCUCGUGGUACAUGAGCGCAGGAAACGUGUUCGCUCUCGCAUUCCUGGGCUUGCUCAUGGCGACUUGGAAUUUCUACCUUAUUAUUGUCCGAGGCCAAGGCCCAAUGGGCCGGUUCAUCAUGCUCACAUACAACCUUUCGGUGCUGUACGCCUACUCACUUACCCAGAAGGAAGGCAGGGACGACCAAGACGAAGGAGGCGAUAGUCCAAUAAUUACUGAGAUCGCCCUUCAUCGAGUGGCUGCUGUCUUGUCCGGCUGUGUUUGGGGCAUCAUUAUCACGCGAGUCAUCUGGCCGAUCAGCGCCAGGGAAAGACUGAAAGACGGGUUGAGCCUGUUGUGGCUCCGGAUGAGUUUGAUCUGGAAGCGCGGUCCCCUGUCCACGAUGUCUUUCCCCAAGGAGUCUGCAGGCUUCAUGAGCCCCCGGGAGAAGUUGGAGGUUGAGCGAUUCCUGUCGCAUCUGGAGUCCCUCCAAGCAUCUGCGCGGUCUGAGUUCGAGCUAAAAAGUGAGUUUCCCGAUGCCAGCUACGGUAACAUCCUGCGUCGCACCAGGAGCAUGGUGGAUGCUUUCGUUGCCAUCAACCUGGAGCUAGUCAAGAAUAUGACCGCGUCCGAAGGAGAACUUGCUAUCCUUCGAUACACGGUAAAAGAAAGACAGCAGCUAUCUUCCCGUAUCAGCCACCUGUUAUCUGUCAUGGCCUCCUCAAUGAAGCUGGAGUAUCCGCUGAGCGACGUUCUUCCCAGCGUGGAGCAUGCCCGGGACCGGCUUCUCGCCCGGCUCUUCCACUAUCGCAAGGAUCCCAAGGUGUCCCGGCCGUCGACGGACGAGGACUAUGCCCUGCUUUAUGCAUAUAGCAUGGCUAACUGCAGGCGUGAUUCAGUUCUGGUGACGGGGCAAUUAUCGAUCGAUCCGGCGGCUCUGAGUCGGACAGACUCGGCGUCGACCGCUAUAGCCUCGUCCAAAAGCACAGCCCCAAGUGCUCCGCCAACCCAGAAGUCUACCAAGGCGCUCAUUUCCGUGCCGCGCCUGGAUCUCGAGCCCAUCUACACAGAACUGAAGGCCGCCAUCGGCGACAACUGGGCCGAGUAUAAAGAAGCUACCACCCUCUUCCUGUUAGGACAACUGAACCAGGGCGAACUAUCGUCGCGGGUCGAUCAUAUAAUAUGCGCUGAUCAGAAAACCGAGCAUCUGCAUAACAAUUUCAUAUGCGCGAUCAUCGGGAACCUUACGAGGGAUCUUCCGGAUCAUGGGGUCGCAAGUUGGGUGUCGGCGAACGAUAAGCCGUCGGUGGUGUCAAAGCCAACCUCGGGCGAUGCAGCAGAACAAAGGCUCAAGACGGAGGUUAUGCAACUCCCUCCCAGGGAUCGUCGAAGAAUCAAGGCCAUUCCAGAGCGUGACCCCAACGAGCUUGCGCCCAAUGAAUUGGAGGAAUACAAUCUGGCAAAACAGAUCAAGUUGCCCAGUCAGGUGCCAGCCAGUGCAGGCGGGUUGAAUAAGACAAACUGGGAAUUGGAGAUCCGGAAACGUUAUGCGCAACCCCUGGCAUCGGAGACCGGUGAGUUCCCGGAUGCCGAAUCAAUACACGCACGCAUGGUUCCCAUUUGUUACGAGGAGUCCAUUGUUAGCGGCGCAAGCCUUCCUUGUGCCGAAUUCAUGGCAAUUGCAACCGAGACCUUUGUGAAAGAAGUUCUGUCCGUGGUGUUCUCCCGGACCAGGUCGAAUGGCCCCUCGGGAACCAUCAACGGCAUGAUGAUGCGAAAGUAUCGGCAACAACUCGAAAGUGAAGAACUGGCAUUCACGCGAGGAGAAAUUGUCAAAGAUAGCGCGACCGGUCUGCUCCCUGUCGAGGCCAAGGAGGCAAGCACUCGGAAACCCUUGGGUGUUCGGGACCUUCGAUUAUCUUUGGAGCUCGGCGGCGGAGUUCUCAGUCAUAUGCCCUUACUUGUUGAUCAAAUCAUGGGUGGGUAUCUUGAGGAUGAGUUAGAAACAGACAAGCAAGACCGCAUUGACGAGGUGGUGGAGAUCACGCACGCUGGGGCGAAGCCCGACAGAUUUGUGGACGAAAUGGAAGUGGACGAGACAGAACUGGACUGGGAAGGGGGUGCAGUCACCGAUCGAGAGCAACUGGGUGCCUUGUUGGAUGAGUGCCUGUCCAUGGCCUCAUGAGCAUUUCCCGCUCUUCUGCGGCCCUGGUUGGCUUUUAUAUUUGCAAGCAUAUGUCCUUCUCCUGUUGUUUACGUUCCCCUUCCCUAUAUUCCGAUAACACGUUUCUUGACCCGAAUAGGGCCAGAGAUUGCAACAUUCCGGUGUGGUGGAGAAGGUGAGCAGGCGUCUUGGGGGGUAAUCGGGAAAGCCAUCAUCGGCGUGACAUCGUCAUUUUGCAUCUGGCGUGGAGUUCGAAGAGUUGAUUGUCUGUUUUUUUUUUGCUUCUUUUUCUUUGGAAGUUCCUUCCCCCUACCUUGUCCUUAUUUGCUUUCUGUCCGAUCAUAUUCCCC